CUGAAAAGCACAGCAGAGGAUCCCACCCCCACAUAAGGAUCCCACCCCCACAUACACUCCUCUUCCAGGUGAGUUUUCUGCUGUGAAAGCGGUUGCUUUCUCUGCAGUUGAGGAGGAAACAUUUCUUGACAAUGAGUGCCCUCUUGUGUUAAGGCUGAAACUGGGUAUUAAGCCAUUCCUGGUUUCACCCUUGAACAUGAAAUCAAAAUUCAAAAGCAGUUGGAGAUCAAUUGUGCCUCUGCAGACACAGGGAGAAUCAACGACAAGGUUCUGCGUGUUUCCUAAGGUUAAAUCAGCUAGCUUUAGCCAAGGAAACACUCCUGUUUACCUCAAUGUUUAUGAUUUAACACCUGUCAACGGCUAUGUUUACUGGGCUGGACUUGGUGUCUUUCACUCUGGGGUUGAAGUGUAUGACAUUGAAUAUGCUUUUGGAGCCCACGACUUUCCUACUAGUGGCGUAUUUGAAGUUGAGCCCCGGCAAUGCCCUGGAUUCAGGUUUCGCAGGUCAAUUUUUAUUGGCACGACACAUUUGAACCCUCACCAAGUAAGAGAUUUCAUGGAGAAGCAGGCCACAAACUACUGUGGUGAUACAUAUCACCUGGUUGUCAAAAACUGCAACCAUUUCUGUGAGGAUAUAUGCUACAAGCUGACUGGAAAACGGAUACCAAAAUGGGUGAAUCGUCUGGCAAGGAUAGGUUCAUACUGCAACUGCAUACUCCCGGAGGCUCUAAAAACGAGCAAGGGGCCACAUGAUACAAACUGUCAAGAUUCAGAGAGUGAGAAGAAGAGUCUGAGAAGCUCUUUCAGCUGCUUCUCUUCGAUUUCUAUGCACCCAAAGGAGAAAGAUGUAUCGAUAUCAUCGUUCGUCUUACAAUCACACUAUAAAGGCUGUCUGCCUCCUUGGGAUUUAAAGAAAUCAAGAAGUACUAAAUCUGUGAAAGAAGGUUAGAGAAUAGGAAUUCGUUUUUCUUUUUUUCUUUUCUGUCUUUGUGGAUUCUUAGAUUGUUUUAAUUUUUGGGUAACAAGUACCACCACAUUUGAAUGUAGUUAUCUCAAUGAGGUUUGAGGCUAAAACAACUGCUGUUUUUCCUCUAUUCUGUAACGUGUGUAGUUUGUUCUCAUCUUUCUUCAUGUACUUUCUUGAUGAUGCAUCUGCAGAAAUAUGAUGUAUUUGUUGUUAAGAA